AUGGCGCCGACGACGGAGGAAUUUAACGAUGAUCCACUUCCUACUCUUCCUAGGUCGCUGAAAUCUUCUGCAGGUUCACUAGGAAGCACCUCAGCCUCUCAACCACUCGCCACAUCAAUUACGGCAAAUACUUUCAAAAGUAUCGCUGCUUCUUGUGACGACAUCCUUUGUCUUUGCGAUAAACGUCUAGGUUUUGUUCUUUUGUGGAAUCCUUCUAUUAGAAAAUUCAAGGAAUUGCCCCCUUUUCAAAAUAAUGCAAUUCCUAACAAGGUUUAUAUGACCUUCAAAUUCGGUUAUGAUCAAGUUUCUGAUAUUUACAAAGUCGUUGUUCUUUACUACAUUGAAUCUAAGUUGUUUGACACUACUAAAGUCAAAGUUCAUGCUUUGGAUACCAAUUCUUGGAAAACCACUCAGACCUUUACUUUUGGUGCUUUUUGUGAUGAACAACCCGAAACAUUUGUAAGAGGUAUCAUUAACUGGAUGGCCUAUACUCAAUGGACUCGCAAUCGUCCCCUCUUUAUUCUUUCUUUUGAUUUGGGAAAUGACUCUUAUCAAAAGCUUUUGCCUCCUACUCAUGCAAAGAUCAAUCCUGAUUACUUGAGAUUGUCUGUCUUGUCUUGA